AUGAAAGUUAGACGACUGGGCCUGAGUCUGGGUUCUACCGAAAGCCCCAACGGACUCUUACGCCACCCACCUGUGGUUCUGGUUUGGUACGAUUUCAAUGAUGAAGAGGAUGUUCAAUCCUUUGGCUACAAAAGGUUUGGAAUCCAGGAGGGCAGUGAAUGUACUAAAUGUAAGAAUGACUGGGCUCUGAGAGCAGCCAUAGCUCUGCUUUAUGUGCUGUGUGCUCUACUCACUAUCGCUGUCGCCGUGCUAGGUUACAAAGUGGUGCAGAGGAUGGACAAUGUGACUGAGGGCAUGGAGAAUUACAGUGGGAAAAUUAUGGCUGUAGAAACAGACCUGAAGAAGCUUGAUGACCAGACAGGAGAAAAGUCAGAUAAUGCCACGAGUGAAAUUAGGUCCUUUAAAGCAGACCUACAGAAUCUGCAGAGCCAGCUUCAUGACAUUGCCCUGAGAGCCACCAGCAACCGGGCUGCUCUCGAUGAACUGCGACAAGUUGGAGAGGAAAUGCAGAGCGGCCACUUUUCAUUGAGGGAUCUUCUGGAGAGCAAUGCCAACACCAUCCGCACUGUGAACAGCACACUCACAACGUACAGUAACCUGAUAGGUUUGCUUAAGACGGACACAGAGCGACUCCAGUCAGAUCUCCAGGUCCAGACCAAGGAACAGAGUCGAGCCACUCACAGCAUCAAUACCCUAAACUUCACCCAGACACAGCAGAGAAACCUCAUUGGUGCCCUGCAGAGAUCGGUAGAAGACACCAGCCAGGCAGUUCAAAAACUGAAGAAUGACUACCAGGGCUUGCAGCAAACAGCGAGGCAGACCAAAGCAGAUGCUGACUGGCUCAGAGAGAAGGUGCAGAAUCUCCAGGUGCUAGCUGCUAAUAACUCAGCCCUUGCUCGUGCCAAUAGUGAGGCUCUGGAGGAUGUGGGGUCUCAGCUUAGUGCAUUAACUGAACAGAUUCAGAAUGCUUCAGCUAUCACAGAAGGGCAUGACCAAAGUCUGCGUGAGCUGAUGGACCAGCAGCGCGACCACGACAAUGCAACUUCAGCCAAGUUUGAUGCUUUGGAGACACGUCUGGACCGCAGUGAAGGCGAUAUGGACCGCAUAACAGGGAAUGUUAGCUUUGCCACACAGUUGUUGGGAGCCAUUAGCACUGACCUGAAUGGCUUGCGCACCUGUGCUGAGACAGUGACCCGACACACUGACAUACUGAUGGGGUUAAACAGCAGUGUGGUGGAGGCCCGGGCCGACGGUUCUGACCUCCGAGCUCAGCAGGAUGAAUUAGCAGCCAGACUUGAUAGGGAAGUCAGCACCCUUUCAAAAGUCAUGGAGGAGAUGAAAUUGGUGGACAGCAAACAUUCACAGCUCAUCACCAACUUCACUAUCCUUCAAGGCCCUCCAGGGCCUAGAGGCCCGCGAGGGGACAAGGGGCCUCAGGGUCCAGCCGGCAAGCCAGGUCAGAAGGGUGAGAUGGGGGAGAAGGGUGUACCUGGUGUUCCUGGACCAAAAGGAGAUAAAGGUCCUGCAGGACCACCAGGGGUGCCAGGUUUCAAGGGUCCGCCUGGUGCCAGGGGAAGCCCUGGUCCAAAGGGCUCUAGAGGAUCAGGUGGUCGUGUUGGUCCUCCAGGAGAGAAGGGUGACCCAGGUAUACCCGGCCUGACUGGCAGGGAUGGACAACCAGGUCCUCAAGGGCCCCAAGGGCCACAAGGACCUCGGGGACCAGCAGGAACACCAGGACCAGAAGGGCCCCGUGGGCCUGUGGGCCCCAUUGGACCACCUGGACCACCUGGUCUUCCAGGACCUCCAGCCCCAGAAGUGGUACCCUCUGUGUCACGACAAGUCCAAAAUCCCCAACCCACCACCAAUCCCACAGGAUGUCCUUCCCAGUGGGUGAACUUUAAAGACCACUGCUAUUAUUUCUCCUUAGUUUCAGAGAGAUUGAACUUUGAUGAAACAAAAGAAAGAUGUAAUAAUGAGAAGUCAUCAAUGCUCAUUAUCAAUGAUGAAGAGGAGCAGAAUUGGAUACAGAAACAGAUUGCAGGAAAGGGCUAUUUUUGGCUAGGUCUUACAGACAGCAUGGAGGAAAAUGUCUGGAAAUGGGUGGAUGGGACGACACCUACUUUCACGAGAUGGAAACCAGGCCAGCCUGACAACUGGAGUCAUGGUCAUGAAGAGGGUGAGGACUGUGCAGGCCUGAUCCAUGAAGCUAAAUGGAAUGACUUCUUUUGCUCUGACCGUAUUGGAUUUAUUUGCAAACGCACAGGUAAGAGUAAGCCCCUGCCAUGA